UCUUCCUCCGCCUCUCUAUAUAUAUCCAAUACUCUGCUUUCACAACCAUUCAAUUCCCCUGUAAUAUUUUGAGAGCCUCAGACAUGGAGGGCAGCGACACCAUCAACACAUCCUCUUCCUCCUCUUCCUCUUUUCAGCCUCAGCCUCAAUCCGUCGUCAUCAGCCCUUGCGCCGCCUGCAAAAUCCUGCGCCGCCGCUGCGUCGAUAAAUGUGUUCUAGCGCCUUAUUUCCCCCCACACGAUCCCCUCAAAUUCACCACCGCUCAUCGCGUGUUCGGCGCCAGCAACAUAAUUAAGUUCUUGCAGGAACUCCCGGAGGAGCAGAGAGAGGACGCGGUGAGCAGCAUGGUGUAUGAGGCGAAGGCGAGGCUGAGGGACCCAGUGUAUGGGUGCACAGGGGCGAUAUGCCAGCUACAGAAGCAAGUGACCGAUCUUCAGGAGCAGCUAGCCAUCGCACACGCUGACAUUCUCAACAUGCAAUCUCAACACUCCAAUCUAAUGGCCCUAAUCUAUAUGGAGAUGGCACAAUCCACAAACGCCGUCGACCACACCAAAACAUCCUUCUUCGUCGAAGACACCAACAAUCUGGGGCUCCUCUUGGAGCCCCUCUGGACAUAAAUUUGCAUCUCAUCUAAUUAAAACUUAUCGCCAAUCAAAAAUUCUGGCUUCGCCACUAGCUGCUAAGUUAUAGUACUACCUAGGAUUCUUGUAUUUGGCGGCACGAGAAAUGUGACCUAGUAAUAGUCUGUUCCGGGACAAAUAAUUAAUCUUGUAACAUAGGUGAUUAAUUAAGUGAGUAUUUAUGUUUGUCAUGAUUGUAUUAAAGCAAAAAAAUGAGAUUGAGAUUGACUGGUCUUCUUCCUA